AUGAUUUCGCGGUUACGAAUGGGCCUCUUGGUCCUGUUCGCGUGCCUCGGCUUCUUGCAUGUCGCACAAGCACAGUCCUCCAGCGGUGGACCACGAUACGUCACAUACGUCGGAACGGAUGGUAACGCGAUCGCUUUGGAAGAUAACCGGAGACCCGCUCUAUACACGCAAAACUUUGGAGAGUGCAUGGGAGGCAGCGCCAUUGAUCUCUACCGCUUCGAUGCUGCGUACUACCAGGACAAUAUGACUGUCGUCUUCCAUUUGGCAGGCAACUCCAACCUCUACAACCAGAGUCUGAUGAUGUACAUUGGAGUGUUCGCAUACGGUCAGCGUCGCUUCGACUUGGUCUUCAAUCCGUGCCGCGCGAAUAUCGCCAGCCUGUGUCCCGUCAAUAGCUCUGUUCCCAUCUCCGCCCAGGGCAUCAUCCCCGUGGCACCAUCUGACGUGGAGAACAUCCCUGCCAUUGCCCUGAGCAUUCCCGACUUCGAGGGCGAGGCGAUCCUCCGCAUCUUCUCCAACGACACCCAACAACAAAUUUCGUGUUACUCCGCCGUCGUCACCAACGGAGCCUCUUUCGGUCAACCCCAGGCCGUGGGCACCACUCUCGGCGUCUUCGCCAUGAUCGCUGUGCUGGCCUCCUUCGCCACUGCGAUCUACGGAGAAUCCAUCACGACGAUGCGAUUACACUACGCUCAUUCGAUGUCUGUCGGUGUGGUCUUUGCUGUGUUCCAGCACAUCUUCUUCAGCGGUGCACUCUCCCUCAACUGGCCUUCUGUGUUGGUUGCGUGGUGGAGCAAUUUCGCUUGGGCCGGUGGCAUGAUCCGGACUGCUAGCAUGCAGAGCAGCAUUGAUAGCGUGAUCGGCAACUCGGUCGGCAACACCACGCGCGUGGGCGCCGCGCAAGCGGGCUCGGCGCAAUCCAGUUCAUUCGGCGGAGGUUUCCGUGCCAGUUCGAUCUAUGGACGGGCCAUAUCUUCGGCGGUCGACCACGUCGCAAACUCUGUAAUCGGCCGCGGAAUCGCCUCCUCGAUCUAUGAAAGGGACUCGUCGAUGCUUCUCGAGAGCGACCUGACGCAGCACACCAUCGAGAAGCGUCUGGCCCAAAGACUGAUGUCUCGCGAUGUGAUCGCUGAUGCAAGCACUGGCUACAGCUGGUACGGACACAAGGUCUACGAGGGCCUGCCGCUUCCCGGAAACUUCUCCGGAUUCGCUGGAACUCUGUCCCUGGAGGAGAUCCGCCUGAGCAACGCCUUCAUGACUGGCCUCCUCUGGUUUCUCAUCCUCUUGUUCAGCGUCGUCGGCGCUGUCGUACUCUUCAAAUGGCUGGUCGAAGCGCUCAUUCGCAUCAAAUUCGUCAAAGUCAACCGGCUUCGAUUCUUCCGUGAGCACUGGAUUGGAUAUGCCGGACUUGCUGGUCUUCGCACCUGCUUCAUUGCGUUUUUCAUGAUCAUGUUCUUGACCAUGUUCCAAUUCACCUAUCCGACCAGCGCUGCCGUCAACGCGAUUGCCGCCAUCUUCUUCAUCAUUUUCUUCGUGGGGAUGUUGGGCGCUGCGCUAUACGCCGUGCGGUCCCAAAAGCACAAGACUGGCGUUGUUCGCCCCGCUGGUCGAAAGUUUGAAAGGACCACGAUCCUCGGGAAGAUCCCUUGGUUGCGCAGGGCAAAGGCGGACCCAACGGCUGUUGCCCAACCGGAUUUGAGCGAGAUUGGAGAAGAUAAAACUCUGAAGUCGACCGAUGUCAGCAUCUUGGAGGAUCCAGCACCCGUCGGCAUCCACGACGAUGAAGAAUACAUCAAAAAGUUUGGCUGGCUUGCCGCCCGCUUCCGACGCACCAGGUGGUGGUUCUUCACUUUCUGGUUGGGCUACGAGUUCCUGAGGGCCGCGUUCUACGGCGGCUCCUCUGGCGCCCCGAUGACGCAAGUCAUUGGACUCUUGGUGAUCGAGGUUGUCGCCUGGGGGUUCAUCAUUUGGGCACGACCUUUCGAAGGCCAGCGUCUCAAUUUCAUCGUCGUGUGGUGUCUGAGCUUCAGCAAAGUUGCCACCUUGGGCCUGUCUCUGGCUUUCCUCAUCCAAUUCAACGUUGGCCGGAUCAUCACCACGGCGAUCGGAAUAGUCAUCAUCGUCAUUCAGGGAAUCCUGGUCAUCAUCACUCUGGUCGCCAUUCUCCUAGGCGCCAUCAGCUCUUACAUGUCAGUUUCACGCAACCAGGAGGAUUUCCGACCACGGAAAUGGGCGGCCAGACGAGAGAAAUAUUUUGACCACCUGGAUCGUGUUGUCAACGAUCUCCCGGCUGGACCCAAGCCAAAGAAGGUGAAGAAGGUCAAGGUCAAGCCGGUACCACCCCCGGAGCCUGUUCCUGGGUUUGAAGUGCGCAACACCCGCCGUCUUACCAAGAUUGAGGAUGAAGAUGCGGAUUUCACAACCGAGAUGCAGUCAGGGGUUGAUAAUUCGAGGAUCAGUCUGGAUUACGACCAACCUCGAUCACCAACGAUGGGCGCUUCUGUCGGCCGGAACAUGGGGGGAUCGUCCCGACCGGCAAGUAUCAUGAGCGUGCGCAGUCAGGCAAGCUUACCGUAUGGUGCACGACCUCACCGACCCAGCUGGAGCACCAGGGACAUGCCAGCCUUUGCGGAUCGUGAAUACAACGCCCGCGAAAACGGAUCACUAGAUAUAUCCCGACCCCCGAUCCACCACGAGAUCACCCCGCCCUCUCCAACACUCGACCAGGCGAAAAGCCCGAGCCGCAAACAUUUCCGCCACUCCCUGGGCAGCAGUCCGGCCGCCGUCCGACCUCGCGAGAGCUUCGAACAAGCACCCACCCGCGCGUUCGAGAACGUCCCCAUGCCGAGCUCCCGCCCGCGCGCCGACUCCUCCUCCCGCCCGGCGUCCCGGAACUCCUACAUGAUGCACGAGGCGGACGACCUGGACCGCGAACCGCGCCCGCUGAACAAGCGGGCCAGUUGGGGCGCCAACUCCCACCACCGCUCCCAGUCUGUCCUCGAGCCCGCGCGGGAGGCCGAUGAGAUCCCGCCGAUGCCCGCGCUCCCGGCGAAACGGUCCGAUUCGGACUGA